AUGACUACCCACAGCACUCUCUUCCACUUCCACACUUCACCUUCGAACCCCUUCUCCUCCUCCUCCUCCUCAUCCUCCACCACCAACACACCACACCUCCACCUCUCCUGCUCCUUCAAACCCAAACCCCCAAAACCCUCCUCCUCCUCCUCAUUCUCCUUCACCCCCACACCAAUCCCCGCACGAGACAGAGUCAUAGACUUCGGCAAACACAAGGGCAAAAUGCUCGGGACGCUCCCCUCCACCUACCUCAAAUGGGUCUCCACCAACCUCCGCGCCCGCGACUUCGAGCACUGGGCCCACCUCGCCGACCAGGUCCUAAACGACGCCGUUUACCGCGACCGCAUCGAGUGGGAGUCCGCUGAGAACGCCCUCAGCGGUAACAGAAGCAACGCCGGCGGAGUCUCGGAGCUUCUUGCGAUCAGCGACAGGUUCGGGUGGGACAACGACGACAAAGUUGGCUGGAGUAAAGUGAACUUCGAGCUCUUGGGGACUUCGAAAGGUGGGAGGAUUCCGAGGAGGAGGAAUGAGAGUGUGAGUGAAGCUGGAGAAGAGAGUGAGAGAGAGAAGAAGAAGAAGGGUAGUGAGGGCUUAGGGGAGAAGAGAAGGGAGAGGAGAGAGAGGAGGGUGAGGAUGCAGAGAGAGGAAGGUGGUGUUGGGAAGGAGGAGGAGGAGAAGGUGGGGAUUGUGGAGAAGGUUGGGGGUAGUUUUGGAGAUGGAGUUAGAUUAGAGAGGAGGAGCAGGAAGGAGAACGGUGAUGAGGAUAAUUGGGUGGUGGAUAAUUCGAAAAAGUUUCCUGGACGCGAGUCUUUGUUGAGGAAAGCUUAUAGUAGAAGGUUUUUGUAA